UAAACAUAAUAAUCGAAAAUCGGAAUUAUUUAAAAUACAAAUUUUCACAAAAUGUUCCUUUAAAUAGAAAAAUAUGAAUAUAAUAAAUAAAACUAGUUCAGUUUUCUAAAAAUGCCAAAGUUACAAUUAACGUUGGCUAUUAUAAAGCCACACGCAGUCAAGAAUCCGGUCGCGCUCUCGUACAUACGAAAUGUUAUAAAGAACAACUUUGUAGUUCUUAAAACUAAAAGAAUGAUUUUGGACGCUGAAGCAGCUGGUAGUUUUUAUGAGGAGCAUGUAGAAAAGUUCUUUUAUAACCGUUUAGUAACUUUUAUGGCUAGUGGCAGCAUUGACCUGCAUAUAAUGGGACACACACAUGCUGUUGAGGUGUGGCGCAAGUUAUUAGGACCUACUAAAGUGUACAAAGCACAAUUCCAAGAGCCCUAUUGUUUGCGAGGCAUGUUUGGUUUAUCAGACACUAGAAAUGUUGCUCAUGGCUCAGAUUCAUUGGCUUCAGCAGAGAGGGAAAUUAAGUUCUUUUUCCCAGAGUUUUCUCUCUACAACUGGUACACGAAUGAUGAGAUCAGAUAUAGAAAGGGACCUAUAUUAUUUAACAAUCAUCUGUUUCAACAUGUUAGGAAAUUGUAGUAAUUAAUGUAAAUCCUUAAAAGUUGUAAUGCUCGUUGAAAUAGGUGCAAUAGCAUACAAUCUGAUACAGAAUUAAGAGUAUUCUAUGUGAUAUGUUUUGUACAAAAUCAAUUGUUUGCAGUUCAUGUUAAUCUAUAUAGACACAACCACCGUACAAUAGUAUCUAGUGCAUUUAAUAUUUUUGUAUUAACAUAUAGAUCUGUUCACUUAACAUUAUGUUAUGGUAUUGCAUUUAAAAAAAACAGCUAACACUGGGUGUUUGAGGCAGAUUAUAGCAAAUUAAAUUUAAUGUUCAAUUGUAUAAAAACAUUCAUAUGGAAGAGUAUGAAUAAACGAAUGAAUGAAUUCACUUCUAGCCUCAUAGUAGGAGAUUUAGGCAGUGGCUAGUUACCGACCUACUGACACAGUUAAGCCGCCAAGCGAUUUUGUAGUUUGGACUCUGGUAUGAUGCCAUAUAGCAACCGAUAAUAGGUGCGGGUUUAAUAUAACUGCCACACUCCUAACAGGGUAGACUGCUACCACCAUGUAAGAACGCAGUCAAGGGCUUGUAGUGCAAUAAAACACAACAGAGUUAAAUCAUAAUAAUGCAAGAAUAUUAGAGUGAGGAAGGCAUUGUUGAGUGUGAAGACAAGCAAUAAAGGCCUUAGAUUUUGUUGCUCAAUUUAUAAAAUUGGGAAUUUGUUACAUUU